AUAAAUACAAAUUACAGGUGGGGUAUCCUAUUUUCCCAUCCCAACGACUUCACUCCAGUAUGCACGACCGAAUUGGCGCGAGUUGUAAAACUAAUGCCUGAAUUCAAGAGAUUGGGUGUGAAAGUAAUCGCAUUGUCCUGUAAUUCUGUCGACUCCCAUCGUAAAUGGAUAGAGGAUAUAAAGAAUUACGCCGAGGUGACGGACGAAGAAUUUCCAUAUCCGAUAAUAGAGGAUCAAGCCAGGAAGCUUGCCACAUUGUUGGGAAUGUUGGAUCCCGCGGAGAUCGACAGCCGGACUGGAUUACCCAUGUCGGCGCGAGCUGUGUUCAUAAUCGACCCGGCUAAGAAGAUGCGACUAUCAAUUUUAUACCCAGCUACGACUGGCCGCAAUUUCGACGAAAUAAUAAGGGUAAUUGAAUCUCUUCAGCUCACGCAAAAGUACAAAGUGGCGACUCCUGUAGACUGGAGGAAGGGGGACGACGUAAUGAUCGAUCCGAGUGUGUCGGACAGCGAAGCUAAAGCUUCCUAUAACAGUAUCAAGACUGUGAUGUUGCCUUCCGGCAGGACGUAUAUGCGUAUUGUGCCACAACCUAUAGAUGCGUAAAAGAAAAUUUCUGUGUACAAAAGGAUUCUAAUAAAAGUUCAAGCUGCACAGAUCGUAUGGAGCUUCGUUCGCAUAAAAUAUAUGAAUAUUAUUUUAUAAAAUCAA